AGAGCCCCAUCUUCUUCCAUCCUGUAGCCGACCUGCUCCUCCCUCCCUUGGCAUUUUCGGAAGACUAAUUCCAAAGCAGGAAUGUUGCCUCUCUUUUGUCCACGCGAACUUCACACUCGGAGCGGGGAAACCUAUUUAUGUUCGGAUUUCCUCCGUCUCCUUCAGCUCAGCAGCCCCUUUCCGCUCGUUUGCGCACCCGCGCCGAGGCAGAAGUCUUCGUGCUUGGCGGCUACCACGUGGCGGGAGCGGUCACCCGGCUCGCAGAACCAUUGUCAGGGGGCGCCUGUCUGGAAAAGCAACAGCUUCCUCGCUCUUUGACGGGGAAAGGCGCGGCCCUCCGUCCUGGAGGAAUCUCCCCGGAGCACCAGCGCGCCUCCGUCUGUCAGAGUUAGGCUGGAGGGAGAGGGAGGCGAAUUUGGGCGCGAACUCGCGUCGGGCGUUGAGGCGACUCGGGAAGGUCCGCCGGUCGUCCCAUCUGCACCUAAGGCCGCUGCUGAUUGGCUAAGCGAACCGGCCGGGCCUUCCAGCUCCGCAGCAGGACUUUCUCUCUCCCCACUCCUUCCCGCCCCCCGCCCUAAUCAGCUUACUUUCCUCUUGGAGGCGACCCACUUGUGGCGCCGACGCCGUGCAAGGCUGGCCCGCCUGCCCGUAUAAGCAGAAGCGAGGAAAAGUCGGCAAGAAUUCCAGAGGGCCACGCCAGCUCUUCUCCCCUUUUUCUUUCGGGCGUGCGGAAGGGCGGUCUCGGGUGGCGCCCGGAGUGAGCCCCGCAGAACUCGAGGGUGGUGGUGGUGGUGUUUAGUUUGGACCGCGCCCGGCUAAGGGGCGGAAUGGGCGUGGAAUGGGCGAAGGGUGACAAUUUUUAACUUAAGACAAGUUCCGGGAAGGGCUGCUAGGGCGAAGCUCUCCUUCCCACCCACCCCCGAUCACUCCCACCCAGCAGCGGCGGCGGGAGUAGUAGACCGCCUUGGGUUGAGUCGGGGCACAGCGGCUCGGUCGUUUCGGAGAUGGAGUGGGGCAGCCUGGGGACUGACUCCCGCCAGCCCAGUUGCCGGGAAAGGUGACUCUUAUCGCCGGCCAAGUUCGAGCCGGACCGUUGCUCUUCCACCGGGCGAGGUGGGCGGCCGCUUUGCAACCCAACCGCGGAAGGCAAGAAGGCAGGCGAGAAGGCGCUUGGGCGGGAGAGGGCCAUGGGGGCCAACAGCACGGAAGACCUCUCUUCCAACAGCACCCACCCUCCUCCUGAACAGGAUCCGGCCCGCAACUACGCCGCCUUGGUCUUGGGAAUCUUCCUCAUCCUCUUUAUCAUCAGCGGGAACUUGCUGGUCUGCCUCAGCGUCUGCACGGAGAAAGCGCUGAAGACCACCACCAAUUACUUCAUCGUCAGCCUCGCCGUGGCCGACCUCCUUUUAGCCAUCUUGGUGCUGCCUCUUUACGUCUAUUCCGAGUUCCAGGGAGGUGUUUGGUCUUUGGGCCCAGUCCUAUGCGAUGCCUUGAUGACCAUGGAUGUCAUGCUAUGCACUGCCUCCAUUUUCAAUCUCUGUGCUAUCAGCGUGGAUCGGUUCAUUGCUGUUUCUGUCCCACUGAACUACAAUCGACGACAGAUUGACCUGCGUCAACUGAUCCUCCUCUCCACCACUUGGAUCUUCGCUUUUGCUGUGGCAUCCCCAAUUAUCUUUGGUCUCAACAAUGUUCCAAACCGGGAUCCAUCUUUCUGUCGUCUGGAGGAUCAGAAUUAUAUUGUAUAUUCCUCCAUCUGUUCCUUCUUCAUUCCUUGUCCUGUCAUGCUGGUCCUCUACUGCGGCAUAUUCCAUGGACUUAGGCGCUGGGAAGAGGCUCGGAAAGCCAAGCUGAAGAGUAGCAUUUAUCUGGGCAAUAGGCAGGUAUACGGUCCACCGCCUGUCAUUGAGAAGAACCAGGAGGAUAUCAAGACAGAGGAAUUUAACCCCUAUGCCUGCUCCGAUUGCACUUUACCCAGGGAUUACAAGAACAAUGGCAUUCAAACUAUGUCCUAUCCACACAUCAAAUAUGCACCGAAUGGAGAACUCAGUAGGAAGCCAGCCAAAAUCAAUGGCAGGGAAAGGAAGGCCAUGAAGGUGCUUCCAGUUGUGGUUGACUCCCCGGAGAAGCAGUCUGAUUCAAUGAUCGAACAAAAGUUCAGGAUUCCCUUUGAUAUACAGUACAGGAGAACACAGAAUACAGGUGCUUUCCUUUUCUGUUGGACUCCUUUCUUUGUGGUGCACAUAACCAGAGCUCUCUGUGAGUCCUGUAUCAGGUCUGGCCAAGUAAUCAGCAUUGUCACAUGGCUGGGUUAUGUCAACAGUGCCCUCAACCCUAUCAUCUACACAAUCUUCAACACUGAAUUUAGGAAUUACUUCCGCAAAGUUUUGCACAUCUUCUGCUAAUCCUGCUGGAUUCUUUGUCUAGAACUGAACCAAGAAGAAAGGAGAGUAUAUUACACUGGGGAAAGAGCCAGACCAAUUAUUGACUUUGUAUAGUUUAAUAAAGCUUUAUUUCUUAUUA